ACUAGCUGGACCCUUCUCGAAUCAUAACAUGGCAUGGCAGCCCUUUUUUUUCAGGCGCGUAUUCGAAUGUGAACGGUAGCCUUCGAGUUGGUCGCCACUAUUUCCUCCCUAAAAAAAGAAAGACGUCGUAUAAUAGGCUACAUAUGAAAAAUGUCCCGCAAAACAAACAAAGAAGCUUUGAAGAACGUCCUGCAAGAUCUGAGUAAAGAUAAGUUUUCUGAGUUUUGCCACCGCCUGCGGGACCGCAGAAGAAAGCCUCGCGUGAGCUACAGUGAUGUGGAGGAUAAAAAUGUGUUGCAGAUCACAGACCUAAUGGUUUCAUUCUUCACCGAGAGCAAAGUUCUUCAAGUGGCUCGGGAUCUAUUGAGACAGAUUAAGUGCAACCAAGAAGCAGAGACACUGUCUCCAAAAAUCAAAGCCCCUGUGGAUAAAGGUAAACCUACCGUCCAUAAGAAUCGUGCGGCUGGCGGGAAAGGGCUGAAGGCUAAAAAGAAGGACCCCAUUCUGAGCAGUCGUAAGAUUGAGUUUGGCAAGUACAAAGGUGAAACCUUCAAAUGGCUGUUGGAGAAUGACCUGAACUACAUCGGUUUCAUCGUGGCUAAUCACCAGCAGCAGCGAAAAGAAACAGUGUGUCGCAGCGGGCAGAUGGCCAACAAGGAUUCCUUAACCAAAUACUCGAAAGCUAACCCUCAGGCUUGGGAAGAAGUCAAAUUUUUUCAAGAAAUGGAAAAAGCCAAAAAGAGAUCCCUCAAGCCAGGCCAAGAAGGAAAGGCCCUUGUGGGCUUUGGUCUUUACAGAUCGAUGAAAUUAGAGGAUCUGUACGAGUCGAAGAAUGAGAAAAUAAUCAGCUAUGUCGACUUCAUCCGGAGAACCAGCAACCCAGGUCCCAAUAUGGAACCCGCUCAGAGAUACAUUUUGCAGCGUGACAAAGAGCAGCCUGCAGCCCCAAACAGGCCAAACACCAGUGCUGUCCCCAAAGCAGCCAAAAGGCAACUGCCAACCAGUGCCUCAGCGUCCAAGGUCGGCCCAAAGCAGAAGAAAUCAAAGAAAGCUAAGACGACGGAUGAAGAAGGAAAAAACAUAAAAACCAUCAACAAAAAGAAAAACAAAUUGGGGAAAAAGGGAACAAACCAAUCCUCUUUUUAAUGAAAAGAAGUUGCUUCCGUCCGGCUGUAAAUAUAGUCUGCCUACUUGCAGGACCAGUAGGCUUAAGAAUGAAUUUAUUCCAACAGCUAUUGGCCUUUUAAACAAAGUAAGGUACUUUUAUGUUUAAUUUAUAUUUUGAUAGACUUUUUGAUGUUAAUGUUAAUGCUCCAUUUGUUGUUUUUACUGUCUCAAUGUGUCUUUUUUACAAAGCUUGCUUGUCUGGUGUGUAAAACUACUGGAUGUAAAUUGCCCCUCAGGGAUAAUAAACUUUCCUUUAAAGUUUCCUUGA